AUGUUACGAGAAAGCUUAAUAGCUGAUGGAAUUUCAAAAGAUGGGAAAAACAUUUUUGUUUAUAAUAAUUAUGCAAUUUGGAUUGCCAAUUUUUCGCAUUUAUAUAUUUUUAUUUUUUUUAAUAUUAGAAAUCUACUUCACCUAUAUAUUAACGUAAUAUUCCUGGUAUUCUUUUGUGGUUUUCUCCUUACUUCGUUCUUUUUUUGUAUGAGUUGGUACAGUUGUUACAAGUUUGUUAUAAAGAUUUUUAAUGAAGACUUGAUAGAUGAGGAGUUAAACCCAUCUAUACUGAACGAAAUAAUACCACAGACCUUUUUUUCGUUAUGCAAUUUUUUCCUCAUAAGCCUUCUCUACGUUGGGCACUUAUUAGUCUAUCUGGGCAUACAAGAUGACGCAAUAUCGAUACCCAUAGAAUCAUUGAUAAUAUUUUUUAUUUUUUUUUUUUCCUACGUUUUGUACUUUCUCCUUUUUAAAUAUGAAAACUGCACGAGCAUGUUUAUUCUGGGUAUUGACGGGAUUACUACCUUACUGUUUUAUACUCUUAAGGAAAAUUAUCUUUUUUUCCCGUCCUUGCUAUGCUCAGCGUACUACUUAACCUACCAUAUACAAAAAUUUAAGAAAAAUGGGUUUGUAUACAAAGAUAAUGAAGAAAAUUACAUGAAAAUUCAUAUAUGUGGAUACACCUUAAUAUUCUCGGCCUUAUUUUUUAAGAAUUUUGAUUUAAUGAACAACCAUUUAUUUUGCUUCCUUUUGUUAAUUUCGUUUGUUGUCCUCAUGUAUUCCGACGUGAAUCUCCAAAAAAUGGAAAUCCUACACGAAUCAAUUGAAAACAGAGUCAUGCUUGCAUAUGUAUACUCACUUCAGUUGAACAAUUACAUUCCAGGGACCAUAAAUUAA